UAUUUUAUUCGUUUACUAUUUCUUAUUCUGAUUUCUUUUUUCCACCCUUGCUUGCCCAGUAAUUCAUAAUCAACUAACUUCAAUUUUUUCCAAGAUUUGGGAUGAAAUUUGGUCGGAUCUUACUUUCUAGCCUCUUAAUUUCAACCCAAUCCUUUUAUCUUUAAAGAAAAGGGGAAAAAUCCCUUCUCAAUCUCAUUGCUUUUACAUAUAAUCUGUGUGUGGUGUUUAGAAAUUGAAUUGGAGCGAUGGGAAUGGCAGCAGAUUCAGAGUUUCAUGUUCUGGCUGUUGAUGACAGCAUCAUAGAUAGAAAGGUUAUUGAAAGGCUACUUAAAACCUCUUCAUAUCAGGUUACUACGGUUGAUUCUGGAAGUAAAGCUUUAGAAUUUCUGGGUUUACGUGAAGAUGACGGAAUCAACCCGAAUACACCCUCUGUUUCUCCUAACAAUCAUCGGUGGCGUUUACAGGAAGUUGAAGUGAAUCUUGUCAUUACAGAUUACUGUAUGCCUGGCAUGACAGACUAUGGUUUGCUCAAGAAAAUAAAGGAAUCUUCAUCUCUAAAAAACAUACCAGUAGUCAUUAUGUCAUCUGAGAAUGUCCCUUCAAGGAUCAGCAGAUGUUUAGAAGAAGGUGCAGAAGAAUUUUUGUUGAAGCCAGUCAAAUUAUCGGAUUUAAAGAAACUUAGGCCCCAUAUGUUGAGAACCAAAAUCAAGAGUCACAAUGGAAAACAAGAACCAGAAGAGCUUGGGAUGCCGGACGAGAAAAUAGGCUUUCCAUCACCGAAACAAGAAGAACAGCAGCAGCAGCAGCCACAAUCCAAAAAUAACAAGAGAAAAGCCAUGGAGGAAGAUGUUUCACCUGAGAGAACAAGACCAAGACUCAAUGGCAUCACUACUAUGGUUUAAUGAUGCUUGAAAAAUGUUCUAAAUUCUACUGAGUUUGUUUCCUUGUAUACAUCUUACCCGAAAAGGAAAAGUUGAAGAUUUCCAAUUUUGUUGUGCUAAUUGAA